GUCGGCAAAUGACAGGCAUGGCUGAUCGGCUUCCAAAAGACCAAUGGGUGCCAUACCCGUUGUGAGGGGCCCCAAACCUCGCUGUCCAGGUCCAGCCCAUUCCCGAGUGAAUGCGGUCAACAUGCUACCGAACUAGCGUUGCACUUCCUCCGCCGCAUUCUUCGCUCCCUGAUGCGCGUUUAUGCAUCAAUAAAUACCGGUCUGGGGUGCUUUCUUUUAACGACACAACCCAACUUCCUCCUUCUGACUGUUGCCACUGCAAAUAGAAUCACUAGUGAAGAUGUGCCAAAACGUUAUGGAUGGCCGAUACCACACUGUCUGUGGGCAUUUUUUCGCAAUGUCGACUCGCAAGCAGGAUUGUCUUCGUUCGGACUGUGUGUUCAGUAGCAGACACCCACCCGGUUGUAAGUCCGGGGCUUGCAACCGUUUGAUGAACCCGCCUCAACGCAACCCUAUUCGAAUCAGUGAGACACGCUGCGAGGGUUGUGUCAUGCGAGGGCCUGAGGGCGUCUUAGGCCGUACGCACAUUACUUCCUAAUCAACCACAACGAGAGGUUUCACACGGCGUUGGGAUCUGGUUUGGUGAAUAUGCUAGGAGGCUCUCGAUGACUUCAGCGCCGGCGCCGAAUUAUUAAAGCUUUAAAGGACUCUCCUCUUAACUUAUAUUAUCUAUUCUAUCUACUUCUAUGGUACUACGUAAUCCGAUGUAUGAUAUAUGCCUCCUACUUCGUUACUACGCUAUGCAUUAUCUAUGACUUCAUGUACUAA